UAUCUUUUUACAAGAGUAGCGUUACUGUCUCUUUUUACUGGACUAUGGCAGCGCACACAGUCUUUCAUUCCGAUAGUCGUGUAUCAAAUAUUUCUACAAAGCAAAAACGCUUGGCGCAUAUGUUUCUUAGUCCAUUUAGGCGUUUCAAUCACAAUGGCAAGAAACGUCCGGAUAAACAUUUGCCUUCUGCUGAACUGGUAGGUAGAUGCAGGGUUGAAUUAAACACAAAUGGUGGUCUUGAAAUCCUCACAGAUGCCGCAUGCUCCAAUUCAGGUUAGUACUUUACAUUAUACCUCGACUCUUAAGUUUAAUUUUAUCAGCUUACUCAAGUUUCGCAACAUUUAGUCUUUUUGUUUUAGUUCAAAAGAGCUCACUCCUAGUUGAUGGUAAGUAUGCAUAGAAAUUCAUUACUUUGUAUGUUAACUUCUUGCCUCAUCACAAGCAUCAACAAAUUACAUGAAUCGCACUGUGUUCACUGCUUUAAGCAGGUUUCUUAAUUCUCAAGAACUAAAUCAUACUAUUGUUUAAAGAAUCAUGUUCUCUUGAAAGCAACUAUCAACCAGAAAAAUGCCCUAUUCCAAUAGUUCAUCUUGAACCACAUGUUAGUCCUUGUUAUUCUACUUCUGUAACUCAAUCCCACUUCACCGAAGCCGAUAAUCCUACGAGUGAAUUGAAUACUUAUGUCGGAGAGCAGACUACUGAAUUAGCUUCGAGUAUCAAGCAACACUUAAUGACUCAAUCAUCUCAACCUCUUAAAAAGUUAAAUAGAAUAAAAAAAUAUAUAACAAGUCACCAAGUAACUUAUCCUCAAUUGACACCGGUUAGCCGAAAUGUUUUAACUCGGAUUUCUGAAAUAUCUAAUCAAACAAAUAUCGAUAAGUCCAAAAUAAAUGAAGUUUGUUACAAUAAGAGAAAUGUAAAGACUUCGUCCCCCGGUUGCAAUGUGAUGGUUGUGCCCAUAUCUAAAUCAGAUUUGUAUUUGGUAGGACGUCUUGUGAACGGUGAGACAUAUUCUAAGUCUGUAUUUUCAUCAGAUUCUACGGACAAUCUCCAUUGCGACUCAGCAGCUUCGAAUCUUUACGUUUCCUCCAAUAAUAUGAAACAUUCUCCAAACUCAAUGUUGUGUAUGUACAAAUCUCCUAGUAAAUGCUCAAAAAACUCACAAUCCUUCAUGCAUUCUUUUCAAAAGGAUGAUAAAUUCCCAAAACCUUCUGAAAAUUCUACCACUGAAACGUGCGCGACUCUGAUUGAUCGUAAUAAAGUGGCUGAAUGUGAAACUGAUGCUAUUUGUUCUUCGGAUUCGGUUAAAUUUAUUACAUUCAAUCCUUCACCAAUCUUGUCAACUUCAAAAAUUACUCAUUUAUCAUCGUCAUCACCAAGUCCAACCAACGAUACGAAAGCGGCUGAGACCGUACCUACUAUUAGUCAGACAUUGAAAUACUCACAUUUAUCUAACCGUGCUUAUCCUUUUGGCAAAGAUUGUCGUUUUGUUUUUUACAAUUCUGAUAGUGAUGAAGAAGAUGCUUACAAUUUAUCUGCACCUAGCCAAACUCUCACUUCACUUAUCAAGGCUCGUCAAGCGCAUAAAGAUAUGUGGACAAAACGAGCUGAUCGCAUCAAUCGCUUUUUAGCCUGUAGACCUUGUCGUGAAGACCUGAUAUCUAAAAAUAUAAUUCCCAGUACCACUUUAGAAGCACGUACUGAACUGCGGAUUGAUAUUGAAGCGUCACUUGAGCGUCGACUUAAUCAACGUCCUACAACUGAUGAAUUGAAACAGAAAAAUAUCCUUCAUGUGGACACCGAAGAGGUGCGUAAUAAGAUUAAAGAAGAACGAAAGCAAAUUUUAACUCGCAAGCUAUCAUUUCGACCAACUGUUGAAGAGCUGCGUCGACGUAAAAUUAUUCGUUUUAACGAUUAUGUUGAAGUUAGUGAAGCGGAUGCCUAUGAUCGUCGAGCUGAUAAACCAUGGACUCGUCUAACUCUACGUGAUAAAGCUGAUAUUAGAAAAGAAUUAAACGAAUUCAAAGCAACUGAAAUGGAUGUUCAUGCUGAGAGUCGACAUCACACUCGAUAUCACAAACCAUAGAUGCCUAUCUUCCGCAUCCUGCAAAAUAAUUCAGCGACUGCCGUUCACUUCGUUAUAGAAACUGUACGUUUGUAGUUAUUUUUUAAACAUAAAUCUAGAUUACUUCUAAAAACAACCUGACCAAACAAUUGUACAUAGUGUCAAAAAUGAAAUUUUAUAUUGACUUUCCUAAUUUUAUGGCUCACUUUAUUAUUGAUUAUUGUAUAGUUUAACUCUUUCCUUUCACUGUGAUUAUAACAAUUGGUUGCAAAUACAAAAACUUGACCA